CUCCGUAAGCGCUCCAUACGCAGCUGGUCGGUCAGUAAGUCUGUCUGUCUGUUUGUCUCUCCCUCUCUCUCUUCCUCACACGACAUCACAGACAAGCAGCAAGGGCGACGGCAUGCCAACAGACAGACAGACAGACCGGCCCAGGGAGGCAGCCGGGCAUAUCCCACGAACGGGCUCCAAAGGCUCAAAAAGGAAAUGCAGUCCAUAAUUGAUCGUGCAAAGAACCGUGCAUCACACGCCAUUAGGCACCACGCAAUGCAGCCAGCGCCGGACAUGGCUUUGUGCUACCGGUCCUGCCUGCAUCUCAUCCUGCGUAUCUCGCGGGGCGGAGCGGGGCGGGGCGGGGCGGGGCGGAGCGGGGCGGGCGUCCGUUGCCUCAUUCCUUUCCUUUGCGGGCAGAGACGCGCAACGCCGCACUGAUGUAUUGAAAGCGCCAGCUCACACCCUCAUUGCCGACCCAGCCCUCGUUCCCGGGAUCCCUGACACACAUCCCAAGACACACACACACACACACACGCAUUCUUAUUGGCCAACACAUGUAUAUUGUACCAACCUUAGAAUGGCAUUGUAUCCUCUGGCUUCUUCGAUGCCGAGAAUACUCUCUUGGCAGCCAGGCCCGAGUUGGUAUAUUCUUGUUGAGGCUGGCUCUCUCAACUCGCGGUGCACGUAGUUCAGAAAGCGCCGCGUGUGCUCAUCAUCAUUUUCGUGUGGGGUAGUCAGGAAAGAGAACAUCUCCUCUGGUUCAAACUCGCCUGAAUCGAUGUAGGUCAAGUUGCCAAGAAGCUCUUCAUAUUCAUCGUACUCAGAGCCAUCGCAAAAACUUGCGAUCUUCUUAAGGUCCUCCAGAGCAGUCUUGUCAAUGACGCUGAAAGAAGGGUUCCCCCCCUCACUUUCGUAAGCGCUCAGUAAUCGAAUGUCGCAGUCAAAGUGCUGUGACAGCAGCUGAUAGACGGUGCUGUCGAUGCCCUUAAGGUGCUCCGGCGUCAUGCUGGAGAGGGUGUACUUGUGCUGCAGUUGAAACACCCACGGCUCGUCCCCCUGAGGUAGAGAUCGAACCCCAGUGCAGUCCAUCUCAAGUCACAGAGGACACAUUGGCGAUUCACCUGGGGGGAGCCGAAAUGCUCUCGCAUUCCAUCCACCAACCGCUGGAGCGGACGGGCAAGCGGCGCGUCUCUCUUGAACCUCCCUCCGGCUCCUUGACGCCGCAGGUUGUAGGCGAGCACAAGACGAUAGCCAGAGAGGAUGGGCUCCACGCUAUGAACGGCAUCAGAGUAGAAAGCAAUCCACCGACACUGCUUGCGGCCGAGGGCCUCCUGGGUCUCCUUGUUGAAUGCCUCGCCGUCGAAAUCAUCCACUUCAUGCAGCAGAAAGUCGCCUCCCGUGUACUUGGUCGGCAGGAAGACCAGCAGCGACGCGAACUGGUCGUCUGAGCGCUGAGUGUCCUUGUGGUCCUUGAAGAAGUCCCCUUCACCGUAGACGAGCAGCUUAUAGAAGUCAGCCUGGACGCGGGUGCCAGGGGACAUCUCUUCCUCCACUUUUCUGCAGAUGCGCUCCUCGAUUACCCUAGUCCAAUUCCCCGCCAGGCUACCGACCAUCGCUUGGUCCCCUGGCACCUCCCGCGACUUCCGGACCUCCAGGUCCGUCAUCGUUUCGUUGCCCUUGCCGACGGGCGACUGUGAUGCAUGCGCCUUGUAGAAUUCCUCCAAGGCAGCCGACUGCAACACAUCAUAUACAGCCAGCCGGCACACGAUGCGGCAGAUCACAAGUGUGAAGGAAAAUUGUGCCUACCGAGAAGGACGCUUCCAAGUGUGUCAUGCAGUCGGGCUCGAGUGUUCGAGCGGGAGUCUUGACAGUCGGAAUGAGGUCCAGGGUGCCCGAGAUGAAGCCCUUGGGGCUUUCAUGCUCCUUUAAGUAACGCACAGCGUCGCCAACCGCAUUCCACGACUCCUCCUUCGUCAUCUGCUUCAUUGCCAGACCAGAUCUGAGGCGAGCUCGGCUGGCUCCCGGUGUAGUUGGAUUUGGGGGGUCGCCUAAUGUUUCCCCAAUAAGUACCGGGUGGGUGCACUGAUCAAAC